AUGGAUGGCACUCGUAGUCCAGCAGUUUCACUGCCGACCAUUCCUCAGCAGUACGAAGCCGAUACUGUGAACAACCAUCAAAAACCGGCUGUCCGCUAUAUGAAGCAACCAUGGAAGCUUACUAUAAGGAAAGAGAUGUUCCAUCCGCAAGAGAAACUGGAUGACGUACACGUCAUCAACCAGGUAUUUGCGCAGAUUAUUUCCGACUGCCGUAAAGGUAUCGCUUACCGUAUUCGAGCCUACGAAAGGGAUGAUGUUGUUAGCAUUCUGAAAGCUAACAACAUUCCUCCCGAACUUUUGAACAGACAGGCAGAGAUUCCUGUCGAUGUAAAAGUAGCUGUUAUCACAGCAGCUCGUAAAUGGCCGCUAUACUUCACGCAGGUUUACGAGGUCAUAGAGGAGCGCCUCGAUGAAUCUGUAUCAGUACUGCUUUCGAUAGGUGAACAUGGUAUACGAUUACUACUUCAUACGCCGUUAGAUAAGGAGGAUCCACUCAAACCGCAAGAUCAUCUGAAGUUGCGGAAGAAGUUUGUACGCGCUACAGCUGACUACGUCACAAAACAGCCAAAUCUAUUGUCGUUUAAAAAGGGAGAUACGAUUGAACUGCGAGAAGUCGAGGAUUCGCCACCGACGCUGCCAUUGGUGUACGAUGACGUCAUGGAUGAUGUCAGUCAUAUAAAUGGUUUCAAAUACACCAUGUUAGAAUUUGCCUUGAAUCACUUCCGUGGACCGAAAGGAUUUGAGAGCUCACUGAAGAAGAACAGAAAAGAGUGGACGUGGCAGGACGUUGCUCAUAAGAUAAAAUUCACUGACAAACCGAUCUCACAUUCGUUGAUUCGAUUUGACUCCAACGAGCUGGAUAAGCUGGCUUGCGAAACUUUCCUUUGUAUCAUGCGUUAUAUGGGAGAUGAACCUAUUCGACGUGGUGAAACCAUUACAGAUGCUGUAUACCGUUUGUUACUACUUUGCCAUAAAAAUCCUGCGCUACGAGAUGAAGUAUACUGCCAAAUUAUUCGCCAGACCACUAAUAACAAAUCUAGCAAGUAA